GCGCGAGGCGGACCACCAUGACGGAAGACGGCGGGACGGUGCGGGGGCGCGGGAAGGGGCCGACCAGACCCUCUGCUUGCUCCUUAUAGGGGAUUGGUCGCCUCCUCGAGGUGCGGCUCGACGAGCAGUGGUGGGGCCGAUAAGAAGAAUCGCCAUCGCGACAAGCACUGCCGGGAUUGGCCGAGAUGGCGAACGACAAGGAGGAGACCUUCCUGCAGAAGCUGCUCUUCUACACGACCGCGUUCUUCAUCCUCCUCGGCACCUUCAGCCUCUUCGCCUUCCUCUUCUUGGUACCCUUCGUCAUCGAUCCCGCCUUCACCACCAUCUUCAUGGAGUUCGACACGAGGCCGGCCGAGUGCGUCACCAUCGACGUCGAAUCCAGGAGAGGUACGAGCAACUGCUCCUGGGCCUCCUGUAAGGAGGGUUGCACGAAGGAGCUGUACGAUUGCACGCAAAUCCGCGUUAACUACAAACUCCCGGUGAACACCUCGGAGUCGGAAGAGUUCGGUCCCGACGAGGGCAGGGCGGCAGGAGGUGUCGAGGGCGACGAGGACGCGAAACCGCGUUACGAGCGCGCCCUCAGGGAGUACGACUACGUGGAGGACAUCAACGACUUCGAGGAUGAGGACGAGGAGGAUGGCGACCUGCCGAGGCCUUUCCCUACAGGUCUCAUGGGCAACGACUCCGAGUGGUACUUCACCGGCGCCAGGCUGUUCCCCAACGUAAAAGGCUGUGGAUACCCUCCAAUACUGAAUUGCAGUAUUUUCUACCGGCAGUACGCCAACGUAGGGCAAAACUUUAGCUGUUACUACUCGAAAGUGGAUCCCGGGAUAGUCAUCAGCGAGCUGGACAUGUGGCAGGUGUACAUGAACCUCGUCUACGCGAUGGCCAUUCCGAUACCGUCUUUCAUAAUCUCGGUGAUAUAUCUCACCAUCGCCUACUUCAAGAUUUACAACGAAGAGGGCGAGGCGCUCGUCGACGGCAAGGAGGAGGACGAGGACGAGAAGGGGGAGGGCAGCAACGCGACCCCACUUCCGCCGACAAGUGGCGCCAUCACCCCCGGAAGUGAGGCUUUCCGGGAAGAUCUGGCGAGUUUCGGGCACCAGCUCAAAGUCGCGAUGGCCGACGACGUCAGCAGGGAGAGCCUCGACGGGAUCCCCAAUUCGCUCUCCGUCCAGGGGUAA